CAAUCCUGAGUCUCCUGAGUUCAUCCAUAACUCAGCAAUAGACAAGGAAGCGUUUACGAUGUGUUUUAUAAGGAAAUUUAAGAGGAAACGUUUGAAUUUGUUAACCGAUAGUAAGGAAAAGAGGUGAGUGUUGUUGUUGUUGUUGUUGUCAUCUCCGCGAGCUGUGCGGGCUAUGGCGUGAGUUCAUUCUUUGCAAACUUGUUUUCUCUCAAUAACAAUUUUUCGGUAAAUUAAUAGUUUUCCGGCACCUAAAUAUGGAUUUUAUAAUCAUUUUAGAGUACACUUUCUCUCAGUUUCAGGAUAAAAACAUAAGAUUAACUGUGAGGAAAAAAAAUAUAUAGUCACGUAAACAUUGACGCGUACUGCUUUGAGCGCACCCUACAAUAAUAAAAUUAUAAGUUAACUGAUGCAUUGAUCGCUUUGAUGAUGUUAUAAAACAAUUAGUUCAUGCUGCAGCUGUGCGUAUGUCGAGUUAUUGAGCACUUGGGAAGUUUGGAGAGCACUCAAGAGGCUAGAGUUGCACUCGGCUGCGCCUCGUGCAACUCUUACGCCUCUUUCGUGCUCUCCAAACUUCCCGCGUGCUCAAUAUCUCGACAUACGCACGCUGACGCAUGAACUAAUUGUUAAUUAUAAAACUUUCAAUUUUGAUUAACUAAGUUACAUUUUAAUAGAUAUGGAUCUAAAUUUAUUAUAUUUUAAAAGAUCCAAAAGUUAUUAACUAAUAAGUUCAAGUGAGACAUGUAUUGAAGUGAGGAUUGCUUAAGCGUGGCAGAUGUACUUCUAAGUAAUGAUGGACUAAAGGGUCCUUAAUAAUAUUAUUAAUCCUGGAUGGUGACCAGGACAUUGGCAAAGUAAGGCGGAGAGGGAAUUACAUUUGGCAUGUAAAACAACCUUAAACAGAUAAGCUAUCAGCAUCAGUCUGGUUGUAUUUUGUGUUGCUUCUUUGUGCAAGACAUGUAAAUGCAGCUUUCUUGGAUGAUAUUAUCGCAUUUAUAAUAGAGGAUUAUUUGCUUCUUUUUGCCCUGAAAACUUUAAAAGUGCUGUUGGUGUGAAGACUUCGGGAGAUUUGAUUUUGGUUGGAGAAUGCAAAGAAAGCAAUCAUAUUUUCCCUGAUGUGAGGCUCUGUGCUCUUAAGUCUCAACGUACACAAUUAAUUCACUCUCUUAGUCUCCACUGCAAAAUAUGACGUGUUUUCCUUCCCCUCCCUCAGCGUGACAGAGCAGCAAAAAUUGAACACGCAAGAUAUAUCUCCAGCCAUGAUGACCAAACAAGCUCAGUCUUUGAAUCAAGAACUUAUUAUCUUACUCAAAGAAAGCGAGAAAUUCUGAGCGGGCUAGAUGAGCCCAUUUUACCUGCACUCAAAUAGCCAAUCAAAAUGCAGGAUUCCAUUCAUCUUAGCAGCUCACACAGCCUACUGUGUAACAAUUUUUAGUUUUGUAAUUUUCGGGUAUUUUUUGGCUGUUGCUGGAAUAGAAUUUUUUUAUUUUGAAUUACAGAUUACGAUGGCUACAAGUGAAGAUGAUUUCUUGGCUAUUUGUGCACCAGACGACAGUAACAAUGAAGUUCAGCAGCAUUUGGCAGAGCCCAACUCCCUCAGUUUUGAUAUGUGGAAUAGUUGUACUGUGAGAAACUUCAGAUCAAAGAUGGGACAAAACAAGGCAUUUAAACCUCUUUGUGUUUAUGUCCUUAAACAAGUGACAGAGUAUCUCAGUAAAAUGGAUAUCCCUUACCUAGUUUGCGGUGGUACAGCUCUUUCAGUUUAUAGGGAAAAUGGAAAGAUGAUCUGCCAUGAUGGUGAUGUUGAUGUUGCAAUUUUUGAGACUGACUUCUUAAAAGUUAUGCAAAAUAUGCCUUCAUUUUUAUCUAUGCAAGAUGGUAACAUUAACCUGUCUGAUAAGUGCCCUGUGACAGGAACAAGUUGGUUUGAUAAACAGGGAAAUGAGAUACCUUUCAACGGAGUUGGUGGUAAACGGCUUAAAUUUUUUGCCACCAAGAAACUAUGGGAUGAGUUUGGAAUAAGACAUGAUAUACGGUUUGAUCCUGCCCUAGCUCAUUUAGAUGUUUUCACUUUUGGUCAACAUCCUGAUAAUCCUAAUUGUUUUUGUUAUAAUUGGAAUAUUCCUGGAAGCUAUGACUUCAGAAGAAAGCUGUUCCCUAAGAUAUGUGUAUUACCACUCAAGACAUACAACUUUGAAGGGGUUAGUGUUCAAGGGCCAAAUGAUCUAAAGACAUUCCUUGAGGUAGAGUACGGGUAUCUUGGCAGGGAUGCAAUGUUUGACUUUAGUUCACAACUCUAUGUGAAAAUCCCACAACCAGUUUAUGAUGGCCUACCAAAAAAUGUUAAGAAAGUUAUGGUUCGAGAUCCACCUUAAAGUUAUUUUGUAACAUCUCUAUGAAUAGAUUUGGAAUUUCUUCUUUCAAGAUGACUUACAGGACAACCACAAAAUUUUUUUCUCGUUUAGCUGGACUUUCUUGUAUUUGUUGUAGUUAAACUUUUAUCUCAGGUUAUUUUUAUUUUUCUUUUGUAUUUGGGUAUGUUAAUGUAUGCUAAUAAAGGUGAAACAAAGGAAAAAUACAAAUUACCUGAGAUAAAAAGUAAACUACAACAUAUUUCUUCGUUUUCCUUGACGAUCUCAAUGUUGUUUUUAAUCUUUUUUAGCCUGCGCAUGCGUGGCAGGCAUUUGAGAGGGGAGGGGAAGGGAAAGCCAAGAAACCCUUCCCUCCAUACCCUUUUGAACGCUUGCUAUGCAGGCUAUUUCAGUCUUGAUAAUGACGGUCAUGAGGGUCGCCACUGGGUCUUUUUAAUCCUGUUAUCCCAACACAAAUUUCUGCUUAAUCUGAUGAAUCACCAGAAAGCCUUUAUUGCCUAUCCUGAUUUAAAAAGGCCCUUACAUUACGCCAAGAAACCGCAUCUCUCACAAGAUUGCCAAAUAGUGUGUACCCGUUCAGCCCUAACACUCACAUAUUUCUUCUUUUUUCACAUGAUGUGUUUACAAGGCAGGUAGGGUUCCCUUCCUGAGUCCUUGGGUUACCCUAGCAAGAUGGUUACCCUACCUGCCUUGUAAAUGCUCUGCAAGGGAUAACUUGCCUACCCUGGUCAACUUUCCCGCUGUCAUGCGUGAUCAGUAAGCGUGUCAAUUUGAACAGUACUAUCCAAUUUCUGAGCUUAAUAAAAAAUGUCUGAAAAAUAAAAAGUUGUUUUCUGUCUAUGAAGAUAAUAUUUUUCCUUUUUUUUCCUGAAUUUUACCUGUUUUCCAUAGAGAACUUAAAGAUUAUUUUAAAUCUUGGACUGUUAAAAAGAAUGUCGCACAUGACGAAACACGUCAGCAAAGCUGUUAAAGUUGACCUGGGUGAUAGGGCAACCCUACCUGUGAAAAGGGUAACCCUCUCUUCUGGUAAACAGCCCCUAAUUCUUUCAAUAUUAUUUCUCCUAUCCCAGAAGCAAUCUUCUUAGAUAAUUUAUUGAUGUGUUUGCCACUGUGGAUUUUCAUCAAUAAAUAUUCCAGGCAAUUUUGCAGAGAAAACUUGUUCUAUUGGAACAUUAUCAAUUGAGAGCUCGAGUGGGCGCAACAAAGUACUAAAUUUUUGUCUUGAUCCAAUUGGCAUAAAAGUUUGUUGAAAAUAAGCCAUUUGUACUGUUUAGAUUACCCUUUCGUGAUUCAAAUUUAGCUGUAUUGAAUUCACAUCAACGUCUUCAGAAGUGCAUGAUGUGGGUGUCAUCAGCAUACAUCCUAGGCUGGCAGGAUAUCUGGCAGUUUGGCAAAUCGGUGAUGUAAAUAAGAAAUAAAAGGGGACCUAGGAUUGUUCCCUGGGGUACUCCGCAUUUAAGCGAACAGAUUCUAGAAAGAGAACCAUUAAUGAGACAUCGUUGUGUAUGAUUAGUUAAAUACAACCUAAACCAAUCAAAAGCUGUUUCUUGUACCAUAAAGGUUCGUUUUAGAUAAAAGCAUAUCAUGAUCAACAAUACACCCAAUGCAAAAAUGGCUGCUAGAUUAAUAUUCUUUUGUUUAAAUUAAAAUUAGCCCAACUAGCCUCGCUUGAGAUAAGG